AUGGCAUUAGAAGAUCAAGAACAGACGCCAGAAUCCACAAGCCAUUCGAAGCCAAGCACGUCUAAUGCUAGAGAACCUACGGUGCAGCUGAACGCACCAUUUCCUAGACGCUUGAUGAAGAAGAAUGAUGAGCAGCAAUUUAAGCAUUUUCUUGAACUUCUGAGGCAACUGCAUAUUAAUAUUCCACUUGUAGAAGCCUUAGAACAAAUGCUGAACAACAGAUUACCCAAAAAACAGAAGGACCCGGGAAGCUUCACAGUCCCCUGCUCAAUCAGAAGGCUGGACGUAGGACAUGCAUUGUGUGAUCUAGGAGCAAGCAUCAACCUUAUGCCACUCUCAAUCUUUAAGAAAUUGGGGAUUGGUGAAGCACAGCCCACUUCUGUAACGCUUCAACUCACUGAUAGGACGAUCACAUACCCUAAAGGAAAGAUUGAGGAUGUUCUGGUGAAAGUUGACAAAUUCAUAUUCCCAGUGGAUUUCAUCAUCCUUGAUUAUGAAGCAGACAAGGAUGUACUAAUCAUUCUUGGACGACCAUUUCUCGCCACUGAGAAAGUAUUAAUAGACGUGCACAAGGGAGAACUGACCAUGCGCGUAGACAAUCAGGAAGUGAAAUUUAAUGUGUUAAACACAUUAAAGUUCCCAGAUAAUGAAGAAUAUCAACUUAACAAAAUAGAUUUGCCUGAAGAAGAAGCGACCCAAGUUUGUGAGGUCCUUGCGUUGGAAGAAAGCAUAAAGAAGCUUGAGCCGCCAAGUCCGAGUGAGCGACAGACGAAGCCAACUUGUCCAUCAUUGGAAGAACCACCAGAACUAGAACUGAAACCUUUACCUAACCACCUUAAAUAUGCUUUCCUUGGAUCAAACAACACCUUACCUAUAAUUAUUUCAGUAAAUCUUUCCGAGCCUAACGAAUAUUCUCUUUUGCAGAUGUUGCAAGAACACAUGUGGGCAAUAGAAUGGACACUAGCUGACAUCCGUGGAAUCAACCCAUCUUACUACAUGCACAAAAUCAGGCUAUAA